AAGCUUUUUCCCUCACUAAAAUCUCAACUCUCUCUCCGUGCUUCAAAAGCGAACCUCUCCCUCUAAAAUCUCGCAAGGGCUUCUCUCUCCAAGAAGGGGAGGAUCGCAAGCCGGUAGGAAGUGACAAUGGUGAGGCUAACGGCAGAUUUAAUUUGGAAAUGCCCUCACUUCUUCAAUGCCGUUGGCGACCGGGAGCUUGAUCUUCGAGGUAAUAAAAUUGCCGUGAUAGAAAAUCUUGGUGCAACAGAGGAUCAAUUUGACUCUAUUGAUUUGUCGGACAAUGAGAUUGUCAAGCUUGAAAACUUUCCUUAUCUAAGUCGUCUUGGCACCUUAUUUAUCAACAACAACAGAAUCACUCGAAUUAACAUUAAUCUUGGAGCAUACUUACCAAAACUUCACACUCUGAUUCUUACGAACAAUCGACUUGUAAACCUGGUGGACCUCGAUCCUCUUGCAUCCUUACCAAAAUUGCAGAACCUUAGCCUGCUGGACAACAAUGUCACAAAGAAACCAAACUAUCGAUUGUAUGUGAUAUACAAAUUGAAGAAGCUGUGGGUUCUAGAUUUCAAGAAAGUGAAGCAGAAGGAGAAAAUGGAAGCUGAAAAACUUUUUGCAUCAAAGGAAGCAGAAGAGAAUGCUAAAAAAGAAUCUGUGGCGACAUUUACACCCGGUGAAGUUCCAAAUAUUUCGGAGGUUCCUAAAGAAGAGCCUCCCAAAGUUUCUGGUCCUACACCAGAACAAAUUAUUGCUAUCAAGGCUGCAAUUGUGAAUUCCCAAACAUUGGAAGAGGUUGCACGACUCGAAAAGGCAUUGAAGUCUGGCCAGCUCCCGGCAGAUCUAAAAAUUCCCGAUGUUGAUAAAGCUACAAUUGCUGAGCAUGUAGAAAGUGAUGACCCUAUGGAUACAGAGGGUCAGGAGAAGGUCAAUGAUGUGCCCAAAGAUGAUGCUGAUCAGCUGCAAACAGAUAAUAGUGGUCAACCACAAAACGAUAAUGCAACAGCCAUUGAAGAGGACUAAAAGGGGUUGCUGGUUACUUGGUCUCUCUUAUGCUCUGCCGAGCUAUCCAGUUUCUACAUGCAGGGCUUUUAAGUGCAUUUGCCAAAGCAUUUCUCUUCCCCAGGAGAUUGGGAGGGUUCCUUUAAACCUUGCUGUCCCAUUGGCAAAAUCGAAUUUUCGAUGGUUAACGACAUAUCUGAGUAGCACCAAUUUCUAAUCACUGGUAACCAAUGAUGGGUUUUGUAGUUUUAUUGUGUUAGCAUGGGUACAUCAUCCCCAAAUCCUCCAUCAGAGUAUAUGCUUCUGCCAUUGCUUUGCCUUGGCUUUUUGAAGGGAAUUGUGAAAAUCUGAGUUGGAAUAUACUUGCCCACACACCCACAUAGUAGUGCGACAAUUUUUCGUUUUUUUGUCCUCUAGUUUUAUAUUUGUACUAAUAUAUGUAUGGGAUUUGAUACAGUCAAAAUUGAUUUGUACUUUUACGAGUUUA